AUGGCCCGAAGAGAAAUAGAAACGAAACCAUCCUCAGCAUCAGUAUCACCCCGACCACUGGAAACCGAUAAAGCUACUCCCGGCUCAGCAGCGCCUCUAUCGGAAUUCCAAAAUCUAGGCAACGGUAUUCUCUUCUUUGAUCCAUUGUUAUCACCAUCACCAUCACCAUUACCAUCACCACAAUCCCAUAACCAUAACCAUAACCAUAACCAUGAGCACCCCCAACCGCAACCGCAACCGCAGCCACAACUCAUAAUCCUCUGCACCUGGCUAGGCGGCGCCACCCCCCGGCGCAUAGCCAAAUACACCUCCGGUUACCGAAGUCUUUUCCCUACCUCGCCGAUCCUAGUGAUCCAAACCGUCAUUGCCGAUUUCACUGUCCGUUCUGAGCAGGCUAUUAGGAAGAAUUUGGGACCCGCUAGGGAUUGUGUGAGGGAUAUUCUUUCCCGGUCCAGUUCCAGCUGCAACUGCAGCUCCAGCUCCACUUCUAACUCAGCUCUUAGACGGAAAACGAGCCCGGGCAAGGGAACGGCGGAGACGGGGACAGGAGGGACGGGAAUCCUCCUCCACAUCUUCUCCAACGGCGGCUGCCACCUCGCCAUCCAACUCGCCCAUCUUUACCUCUCCUCUUCCUUAUCUUUUACCCCCUCCCAACCGCCCAUUGCACUACCAGUAACCCUGCAAAUCCUCGACUCCUCCCCCGGCACCUUUUCCGUCAGCCAAACCUACGGCGCAGCAGCGCAUUCCGUCCCUUCGCACCACCCGUGGCUUUUGCAGAGUAUCGAAAGGUGGGGAUUAUGGGGCGCCGUGGUCAUUAUCGCGGGACUACAAAAGGCAUUGCCGAGGAGUGUGGGGGAGGAUGUGAUUCGACAGAAAAUUUUGGGGGGCGUGGGGGUGGAUUUUGAGGGGAUGAGGGGGGAGGUUUUACAGCCCAAACUUUGGAGGGAGGGGGGAGAGGAAGGAAAUGAGACGGGGAGGUUAUAUCUGUAUUCGAAAGCGGAUGAGGCGGUUAGUUACAGAGAUGUUGAGAGGCAUGUUAGGCAGGCUAAGAGGCUGGUGAAGGAGAGGGCGGUAAAAAGGGGAUUGGGAAGGGGGAAGGUUCAAGAUGAGGUUGAAGGGUUGGUGAGAGCCGAGAGGUUUGAGACGGCGAGUCAUUGUUCUUUGUUGAUGGAUGAUGGGGAGAGGUAUUGGAAAGCUGUGAGGGAGAGUUGGGAGGGGCAGAUGGAGAGGAGAAGGCUGAGGAAGAGGGAGAAGGAGAGUAGAUCUGAAGAGGAGUGUGAAGACGGGAAUGUUGUGUUGGGCGCCAUGGAUGAGCAUGGAGAAGGGCAAAAGAGUGGCAGAGAGCCAGGAACAAGGUCUGGUGUUGAGGAGGGUGUUGAAUCAAGAGACGAUGAGCUUUCUAGAAGAAACCGGCUGAGCAAGCUCUGA